AUGGAUAAUGGUGAUAAAAGUUGGAUGAAUCUCCUGAGAUGGACGGAUGAGUAUAUUCGUGGUGUGAAUGAUUUUCUGGAUAAGGCAUUUGAACGAGCCGCCCAAGGAAAUGAAAUAUUAUGCCCUUGCAAAAAGUGCAUGAAUCGCUAUUGGCAUUAUAGAAAUGUGGUAGAGGAUCAUUUGGUUAUUCAUGGAUUUACUGAAGGUUAUACCAAAUGGGUUUUCCACGGGGAAGGAUUUUUCUCGAGAAAUACACCUCAUCCAAGCAAUGAUGAUGAAGAAUCUACCAUCCGUGACGAUAUUGAUGGACUACUUCAUGAUAUAUUUAGAAAUAUAGAGGGUCAGGCAGGGGAUGAAGAAGGAGUUGGGGAAAGACUAUCUGAAGAUGCAAAGAAGUUUUUCAAAUUACUGGAGGAAGGAAAACAAGAGUUAUACCCGGGGUGUGAAAAUUUCAGUAAACUGAGUUUCACUAUUUGGUUGUACUUGCUUAAAUCCUUGCAUGGGUUGAGUAAUGUGGCUUUCUCAGAUUUGUUAGAGUUGCUAAAAGAGGCAUUUCCCUUUGCUCAGAGUGCUGGUCCUUUGACUAAAGCAAGCUCAAAUUUCCCUGCAAAGGUUUUAAGGUACUUUCCUUUAAAGCCUAGGCUUCAAAGGAUAUUCAUGUGUCCUGAAACGGCUGCUGCAAUGAGAUGGCAUGCUAAUGAACGACCCAAUGAUGGGAAUAUAAGACAUCUCGCUGAUGGGGAAGCUUGGAAGGCUUUUGAUUCUUUGCACCCAGACUUCUCUAGAGAUCCUCGUAAUGUUAGAUUGGGUCUUUCAAGUGAUAGUUUCAACCCGUUUCAGACCAUGAGCAUUUCUCAUAGUACGUGGCCUGUUAUGUUAAUGAACUAUAAUUUAUCACCGUUGAUUUGCAUGAAGCCAGAGUAUAUAAUGUUAUCGAUGAUCAUUCCAGGUCCAUCAUCUCCGGAAAAUGAUAUAGAUGUGUACCUACGACCAUUAAUUGAUGAAUUGAAGGAACUAUGGGAAACUGGGAUAGACACAUUUGAUGCUGAAACCAACCAAACAUUUCGAAUGCGUGCUACCUUAUUAUGGACAGUUAGUGACUUUCCAGCAUUAGCAAUGCUUUCAGGAUGGAGCACUAAGGGGAGAUUAGCAUGCCCCACUUGCAAUUAUGACACAUGUUCUCAAUAUCUCAAACAUAGUCACAAGAUGUGUUACUUGGGCCAUCGAAGAUUUUUGCCUCGUGAUCAUCCAUUCCGAAGAGAUAAGAAGUCUUUUGAUGGUAAGGAGGAGCAUAGACCUGCACCUGCUCCCUUGUCGGGUGAAGAAGUGUUUGAAGGGCUGCUUGAAUUCAACAAUAUCUUUGGAAAGAGCACUAAAAAAAGGCCUCGGAGUGAUAAGGGUCUGUGGAAAAAGAGAUUCAUUCUUUUUGAAUUGCCAUAUUGGAUGCAUAAAAAAAUUGAGGCACAAUCUUGA